UUAAAAAUUUCCUUGUUUUAAGCAGACCACGUUGCUGGUCCAACCAAAUUCGAGCAAGAUAAGAGAACUGCGCCCUCCAAAGAUCUCCAUGAACCUGCAUCAUCUCUCUUCCCCCAUGCAAACCUCAAGCUCUCCUUCUCUCCCAUUCCGAUUCCCUCCUCCCAUCAGCUUCCUCCUUCCCAAGCUUUCCUCCCCAAGCCCUAAUCUCGUUUCCAUUUUCAGAUGUCCUCGCAUUAUUUCUCGCUCUCGCAUUCCCCUGCACGCCACUUUUCCUACGGAGAAGCAGUUCUCCGACACUGAAGAGGAGGAUGAGGAAGAAGAGCGAGAGAAGGACGACGCGGCUGAAGACUACGAUGAGGUGCUGUUAGUUGGAGUUUCGGAUGAGGAGGAAGAAAGAGAGGAAGAUGUUUUUCAGCCCUCGGCGGACGCCUUUUCUAGGUUUGAGGAGCACAAGUGGCAAAGAGUUCAGAGGUUUCUUUCUGAUGUCCGAGAAUUUGGUGAAGAUAUCAUUGAUUUUGCUGAGCUUGCUAGCAUUUAUGAUUUUUCAAUUGAUAAGUUUCAGCGAUUGGCAAUCCAAGCAUUCUUGAGAGGUUCAUCAGUUGUCGUUUCUGCACCAACAAGCAGUGGGAAGACAUUGAUUGCUGAAGCUGCAGCACUUGCAACCAUUGCAAGGGGAAGAAGACUUUUUUACACAACCCCGUUGAAGGCUUUGUCGAAUCAAAAGUUUCGUGAUUUUCGAAAGACAUUUGGUGAAACUAACGUUGGCCUUCUAACUGGAGAUUCUGCUGUCAACAAAGAUGCCCAUGUGCUAAUCAUGACAACUGAGAUACUGCGCAACAUGUUGUACCAAAGCAUUGGAACAAUUUCUUCUGGAAGUAGACUGUUUCAUGUGGAUGUCAUUGUUCUGGACGAAGUACACUACCUCAGUGACAUAUCACGGGGCACUGUUUGGGAAGAGAUAGUUAUUUAUUGCCCAAAAGAAGUCCAGCUUAUAUGCCUUUCAGCAACAGUUGCAAACCCAGAUGAACUUGCUGGUUGGAUAGAGCAGAUUCAUGGUAAAACAGAGUUGGUAACAUCUAAAAAGCGACCAGUUCCAUUGACUUGGCAUUUCUCAUUGAAGAGUUCUUUGUUACCACUUCUUGAUGAUAAAGGACAAAAAAUGAAUAGGAACCUUUCACUCGAUUAUAUGCAGCUAUCUCCAUCUAGAACUGAUACUUUUAGUGGUAAAAGAAUGAGAAGGGAAAAAAGAAAGGGUAAAGCUGAACAGGGAGUUGAUAGUAUUGCUACCUUCUCACGGCAAACACAACUAUCAAAAAAUGAUAUAAAUUCCAUUCGCCGUUCCCAAGUGCCUCAGAUUAAAGAUACAUUGAGGCAACUUAGAGAAAAGGAUAUGCUUCCAGCCAUAUGGUUUAUCUUUAGCAGAAGAGGGUGUGAUGCUGCUGUUCAAUAUCUUGAAGAUUCGAACCUUUUAGAUGAAUGUGAGGGUGUUGAAGUUGAGUUGGAACUUAAGAGGUUCCGAAAUCUAUAUCCUGAUGCUGUCAGAGAUAUUGCCACAAGAGGGCUUUUGCAUGGAAUUGCUGCUCACCAUGCCGGUUGCUUACCACUUUGGAAGUCAUUUAUUGAAGAACUAUUUCAACGAGGUCUUGUUAAAUUGGUUUUUGCUACUGAAACGCUUGCUGCUGGAAUUAACAUGCCUGCUAGGACAGCUGUAAUUUCAUCCCUAAGCAAACGUGGUGAAAUUGGACGCAUUCCUUUGAGCUCAAAUGAGUUACUGCAGAUGGCUGGUCGUUCUGGACGGAGAGGAAUUGAUGAUGCUGGCCAUGUUGUGCUUCUUCAAUCUCCAUAUGAAGGAGCUGAAGAAUGCUGUGACAUUCUCUUUUCGGGGCUUGAACCUCUUGUGUCUCAAUUUACUGCUUCCUAUGGAAUGGUUUUGAAUCUUUUAGCUGGUGCAAAAGUUACUCAUAAAUUGAAGGAACCAGAUGGAUCGAAAACUGUCCAAUCUGGACGAACAUUAGAAGAAGCACGAAAGCUAGUGGAACAAAGUUUUGGAAAUUAUGUUGGAAGUAAUGUUAUGCUUGCAGCUAAAGAAGAGCUUACUAAGAUAAAACAGGAAAUUGAGUUGCUCUCUUUGGAAGUCAGUGAGGAUGCUAUUGAUAGGAAAUGCCAGGAGCAGUUAUCAGAGGCGGAGUAUGCAGAAAUUUCUGAUUUACAAGAAGAGCUACGGAGAGAAAAACGGGUCCGUACAGAACUCAGACGAGAAAUGGAAUUCAAGAGAAUGGUGGCAUGGAAGCCUUUGUUGAAAGAGGUUGAUAGUUGCAAUCUUCCAUUUAUGUGCUUGCAAUAUAAAGGCAAUGAAGCAGUUCAGCAUGUCAUUCCUGCUGUUUUCAUUGGGAAACUAAGCUCUUUGUUUGCACCUCGGAUCUUGGAUAUGGUCAAAUUAGAUGCUUUGGCCUGCCAGAAUAAUGAGGCUAACUCUGAUGUAGGAGAUACAACAUAUGGAGAAGAUUGUAAACCUGCUUACUACAUUGCUCUUGGUUCGGAUAACUCUUGGUAUCUCUUCACAGAGAAGUGGAUAAAAACAAUAUAUAAGGCAGGUUUUUCUAAUGUCCCUUUGGCUGAUGGUGAUAUACCACCACAACAAGCCUUAAUGGAGCUCCUCAAGGAUGAGGAUUUGAACUGGGAAAAGAUUUCUGAUUCUGAAUUUGGUUCCUUAUGGUGCAUGGAAGGAUCCAUGGAGACAUGGUCUUGGAGUCUAAACGUUCCAGUUUUGAGCAGCCUUUCUGAUGACGAUGAGAUGAGGAAUUGGUCACAAGCAUACAAAGAUGUUGUGGAAUGUUACAAGGAGCAAAGAACCAAAGUUUCCCGCCUGAGGAAAAAGAUUACAAAUACUAAAGGUUUUAAAGAAUUUAAAAAAAUCACAGAUUUCACUAAUUUUACCAAAGAAAAGAUCAAACGCAUGACUGCUAGAUCUCACCGUCUAAUCAAGCGAAUUGAGCAAAUUGAACCAUCUGGAUGGAAAGAGUUCUUGCAGAUUAGCAAAGUCAUACAAGAGGCUCGAGCAUUAGACAUUGAUACCCAAGUUAUUUAUCCUCUUGGAGAAACAGCAGCAGCCAUCCGGGGAGAAAAUGAACUUUGGCUUGCUAUGGUACUGAGAAAUAAGGCUUUACUAGAUCUCAAACCUGCACAGCUUGCUGCAGUAUGUGGGAGUUUAGUUUCAGAAGGCAUCAAGUUACGGCCUUGGAAAAGUAACAGUUAUAUAUAUGAACCAUCCUCUGUUGUCACUGAUAUUAUUAAUCAUUUGGAGAGCCAAAGAAGUUCUCUUCUAGACAUCCAGGAAAAAUAUGGGAUAAAGAUUCCUUGUGAACUAGAUGGUCAAUUUUCUGGGAUGGUUGAAGCAUGGGCUUCUGGUCUAACUUGGCAUGAAAUAAUGAUGGAAUGUGCGAUGGAUGAGGGAGAUUUAGCUCGACUUUUACGCCGUACAAUUGAUUUAUUGGCCCAGAUUCCAAAACUCCCUGAUAUAGAUCCCCAGUUACAGAAAACUGCACAGCUUGCAUCAGACGUCAUGAAUCGAGCUCCUAUAAAUGAGCUUGUUCAAUGAAAAACUACCAGGCCUUAAAUCAGAUGAUGCUACCCCACAAAAAAUUAAUUGACCACUGAGAGUCAUCUCCGUGACAAUCUUACAUUCACUGAUCUACAUGAGACGGCUUUACGGCAUGAGACUGCCAAUUGGCCAUACUAAACGAAAUCAUUGAUCUUAACACUGUAUAGAUGGAUAUGACUGAUAAUGUACAAUUUUUCGGCCAGCAUCGGUGUUUAAGUUGAAGACUAAAAGCAGCUUCGCAUUGCUGAAAUGCACCAAGACCUCUGAUCCUCAGACUUGGUUCAAUACUUGUGGGCUUUAAGACAAUAGACAUCUUUGACACUCACAUCAGGCAGAGCUCCUUGGUUCAUUUAGGGGGCGUUCAUUUCAUUAUAAGUGAGGGGAAGUCAAAAAGUGAGGAAAGUGCCACUUCUCUGAAGUGAGGGGAAGUGAUAUCACUUCUAGGAUUUCUGUGUUCAUUUGUUAGGAAGUGAGAAUAGAACCGAAAGAUUUAGGUGUUGGAUGAAGCUCUAUGAGUUCAAAAAAGACUUUAAAAAUGAAAAGAAGUUAGUUUUUAUAGAUUGACUCAUUUUCCCCCACUUCAGAAAAAAAUACUGAAAUGGGUUUAGUUAAAAAUCCACUUCAGUCGGAAGUGGGAGAAGUUGCACUUUCCCUAUUUCAGCACAAAUGAACACCAGAAGUAGGGGAAGUCAGAAUACUUCCCCUCACUUCCCCCACUUUCCCUGAAGCCCAUGGCUUGAAGCUGUUUUAGUCGAGAAAAUUUUCAUUUUUAUUAUUACUGUAUUCAUAAGUUUUUUAUUUUGUAUAUAUUUAUUUUAUCUAGUGGAAUACUCUCAUAUAUAUAUGUUUAUUAUUUACUGUAAUAUAUUUACGGUGUUGACUUAGCAUAUUUUUAUGGAAAAAUAAAUCAUUGUAAAAAUAAUUAAUAAUAAGAUGAGGUGCAUUCGCCAAA